AUGUCCUCAUUCGGGGCCGCUCUGCGGGUCAGCACUUUCGGCGAGUCUCACGGCUCGGCCGUCGGGUGCAUCAUCGACGGGCUGCCGCCGCGGCUGCCGCUGUCAGUCGAAGAUGUCCAGCCGCAGCUAAACCGACGCAGACCUGGUCAGGGUCCUGUCUCGACUCAACGAGCAGAAAGAGAUCGGGCGCACAUCCUCUCUGGCGUAGAGGACGGAUACACGCUCGGCUCGCCUGUGGCGAUUCUCGUGUGGAACGAGGAUCGCCGCCCGGAGGACUAUGGCGGCCUCUGCACGCUCCCGCGGCCUGGCCACGGCGACUUCGCCUACCAUGCCAAGUACCACAUCCACGCGAGGAGCGGCGGCGGCCGAAGCAGCGCGCGAGAGACUCUGGCGCGAGUCGCCGCGGGCGCGGUAGUAGAGAAGUGGCUGCGCAGGGACUACGGCACGACCGUCACGGCGUGGGUCUGCCAGGUAGGCGACGUGGCGGUGCCCGACGCGCUGCGCCGGAAGUGGCGGCAGACGCCUCCAACUCGUGAGGCUGUGGACAGCCUCGGCCGAGUUCGGGUCAGCCUCGACGGCGCCACCUACCUCGAUGCGGAGGGGCGCCUCUACGACGCGGAGGGACAGGCGAUCACUCAGCAGGACGAAAUCGCGCGCCGCCGCCGGCUCUUCGGGCGCACUGCUGGGGCGCCAGCGGAAGGCGAGACGGUCGUCGAUACCAGGUGCCCGUGCGCCUCCACAGCGGUGAAAAUGGUCAUCAAGAUCAAACAGAUUCGAGAGCUGGGGGAUUCGAUCGGCGGGUGCGUCUCCUGCGCAAUCGUACAGCCGCCAGUAGGCCUUGGCGAGCCGUGUUUCGAUAAAGUGGAGGCAGAACUGGCGAAGGCAAUGAUGUCGCUGCCUGCUACGAAAGGAUUCGAGAUAGGUCAGGGGUUUGCCAGUGUCACGAUGCGAGGCAGUGAGCACAACGACCCGUUCGUCCCCACCGCCAUGACGGCCCGCCGCACGCCUCAGCUGGUCGCUUCGCCAGACCCCCCGCCGUGUUGCUCACCGGCGCAGGCAAGCACGUCGGCGCCACGCUCUCCACGGUGUCCGCUCCCUUCCGGGGCGGAGCUCCGUCUCCGCUGUGGAAGCAACAACGCAGGCGGGACUCUUGCGGGAAUCACAUCAGGCGAGAAUAUUCUGUUUCGGGUUGCCUUCAAGCCUGUCUCCUCCAUCGGCAUGGUGCAGGAGACAGCGGAUUUUACUGGUGAAGUGCAACAGCUCGCGGUGAAAGGUCGUCACGAUCCCUGCGUCCUGCCGCGAGCGCCUCCUCUGGUCGAGAGCAUGGCUGCGCUGGUGGUUGGAGACCUCUGCAUGCGGCAGCGUGCUCGGGAGGGCCCUCAGCCGCUCUUCGUUCUGCGCCCGGAAGACGGCAGGUCUACCUGCUGA